AUGAGCUAGGGAACAGUGAGCAGCCAGUGAAGCAUCCAGCCUGCCGAACAAGCUUGCUUUUAGGGUCAGGAACUGGUCUGACAAGAGAAUGGCAAUCCUGCCUUUAAACUGUCAUUAGGACUGUACGCUUGACGAUGAAUCUACCAGAGCUCUGGGCUCAAAGGAGAAACAGCGAGCAAGAGAAUGUGAAGACAUAUUUCAGGACAUUGUGAGUGUUACUAAAGAUGUCUGAUAGUGUCGAUAUUGAAGAGAAACCACCAGCCCCCCCCUUGAGAAUGAACAGUAGUUCCCGAGACUCUUCAUCAGUGAAUCACGCCUCUAAACCGCUUCCAAUGGCUCCUGAAGAGAAAAACAAAAAAGUCCGCCUGCGUUCCAUCUUCCCCGGGGGAGACAAAACGAACAAGAAGAAGGAGAAGGAACGUCCUGAGAUAUCCUUACCCUCAGACUUUGAACACACCAUUCAUGUUGGCUUUGACGCUGUAACAGGAGAAUUCACAGGUAUCCCCGAGCAGUGGGCACGGCUCCUACAAACCUCCAACAUCACCAAACUGGAGCAGAAGAAGAACCCACAAGCUGUGUUGGAUGUCUUAAAGUUCUACGACUCCAAAGAAACUGUCAACAACCAGAAGUACAUGAGCUUCACUUCGGGAGACAAAUCAGCGCAUGGAUACAUAGCAGCAAAUACUCUGAACCGACUGCUGUCAUCUGGGCCUCCUGUCAGCCUUAGAACCUGCAGCGCAUUAUUUGACAAGGGUGCCAAAACAUCAUCGUCAGAGCCACCGAUUGCUCCGCCAGUUUCAGAGGAGGAGGAUGAGGAGGAAGAAGAAGAGGAGGAGGAGGAGGAAGAUGAGGACGAUGACGAUGAACUGCCGCCUGUGAUCGCACCUCGGCCUGAACACACCAAAUCUAUCUACACACGCUCCGUCAUGGACCCACCAAAGCCUCCCACCCCCGUGAAAGAGGUGCUGACCCCCCCUGAGUCGCAGGUUCAGCCGGAGAACACAUCCAACACAAUGUAUCGCCACACUGAUCGCCAGAGGAAGAAGUCCAAAAUGACAGAUGAGGAGAUUCUGGAGAGACUCAGGAGUAUUGUGAGUGUGGGGGAUCCCAAAAAGAAGUACACACGCUUCGAAAAAAUAGGACAAGGAGCGUCUGGCACUGUCUACACUGCCAUUGAUAUAGCGACUGGCCAAGAGGUGGCCAUUAAGCAGAUGAAUCUGCAGCAGCAGCCCAAAAAAGAGCUGAUCAUCAAUGAGAUCCUGGUGAUGAGGGAAAACAAAAACUCCAACAUAGUAAACUACCUGGACAGUUACUUGGUAGGAGAUGAGCUAUGGGUGGUGAUGGAGUAUUUGGCUGGUGGCUCAUUGACAGAUGUAGUGACUGAGACCUGCAUGGAUGAGGGCCAGAUCGCUGCAGUCUGCAGAGAGUGUCUUCAAGCCCUGGACUUCUUACACUCCAACCAGGUGAUCCAUCGAGAUAUAAAAAGUGACAACAUCCUCCUGGGGAUGGACGGUUCUGUCAAGCUGACCGACUUUGGCUUCUGUGCUCAGAUAACGCCAGAGCAAAACAAGCGCAGCACGAUGGUGGGCACACCCUACUGGAUGGCACCAGAGGUUGUAACUCGAAAGGCUUAUGGCCCCAAAGUGGACAUCUGGUCCCUGGGAAUCAUGGCAAUAGAAAUGGUUGAGGGAGAACCACCCUACCUGAAUGAGAAUCCACUCAGGGCGCUGUACCUGAUAGCUACCAACGGCACUCCAGAGCUACAGAAUCCAGAGAGGCUGUCGUCUGUAUUCAGAGACUUCCUCAACCGCUGUCUGGAGAUGGAUGUGGACCGCAGAGGCUCUGCCAAGGAGCUGCUCCAGCAUUCCUUCCUCAAGCUGGCGAAGCCUCUAUCCAGCCUGACGCCUCUGAUUGUAGCUGCGAAGGAAGCCAUAAAGAACAGCAGUCGCUAGGACGAGCCCUCUGCCUGCACCCAAGGCUGGAGCCCUGCCCGGGAUGUGUGUGUUCACAGGGGCAGGAGCUUGGGUGUAUAGGCGGUGGGUGACGUGACAGUGACAGCACAAGGGGGGGCAUGUGUGACUUGCUUUGACAGCACAAGGACAAAAGUCCCCCAGGCCUCACAUGUAGGACGGACAUCUGGCCUUGCAGCCUCUUGACCCAUGCUGCUGAAAAGACCUUGCCUCCUCGUUUUCUUCUCCAGCACUCUGUACAUGUAGAGCAGUCCAUCACAAGUGUGUGUGUGUGUGUGUGUGUGUGUGAGAGAGAGAGCGAGAGAGAGAGAGAGAGAGAGAGAGAGAGAGUGUGUGUGUGUGUUAUGUGUGUGUGUGCAAACUGUGCACAUCUCUUGUGUCAUAUGUCUUGUUUGGGAGGCUC